AUGGCUACGUUGCUGGCCGAACCCUUUGCACGUCUUGCAGUACUCGGCAUUGUAGACCUCCAAGAACUAGUCAACUACAUGUCUAGCCGCCUCAGAGCAGCGGGUCUCAGCUAUCUCAAUCUGCGCGAUACCAUUCCGGAGGAGGAGCGAAUGGCGUUCAGGGGAUCUCUUUGCGGGGAAUUCAUCAAGACGAUGGUGGUUUUGACUUUUGCUACCGUCCAGGGACCUGACUCGAUUACGCCGCCGCCGGUCUUUCGAAAGCUAUUCCACAUAUGCAUUGCCCACCCCGAGGUCGAAUUGGAUAUGAUGUGGUUGGAUGUUACGGUCAAGGGCGGUGAGGGGGGACCAGACGCAGUUUUGAGCGUGUACAAGGAGGCAUGGUGGUUGCCUGGUCGACCGAGGAAUUGUCCCCCCCUAUCUGCUAUCAUUGACGCGUGGCGAGAGCUGGAGGUUUUCAUGGUUUCCGAAACGCCGAAGUCACCACCUUCCCGGCUCGUUCUUUCCAAACUUUCGCUUACGAGGCUCCGGGAAGCCAGGUCACUUGUCCAGUCGUCGCUCGAUCUCAUUGAGAGAGACUUGGAAGAAACCCGAGCGGCCAUUCAGCGGGUGAGCUGCACUUUGACUGAAUACGAAAGAGAGCAGGCGAUGUUGGCAGGAAAGGGCAUAGGUUCCCUUCUGUACGGUUUACGCGCGCGAUCUCUCGAAGAGCCCAGAUACCUUGGGGGUGAUGCCCACGCAAUCUAUCUCCAUCACCAGAGGUUUUGCGCCCAUGUUGCUUCCGCCGCCGGCCAGGCGAAAUCGAUGACGCUGAGUCUAGAGGAGAGACACGCUCUUUUCGAUAUCGUUGAUGCAGAAGCGGAGGGUAUGUUUGUGUCAUACAGUCUCUUGAUCUGCACAUACAGCUCCGAAGGUGGGGGUCCCUCGAACCCACCUUUCAACCCAAUGCUUCCGCGGCUUCUCGCCAUGCUACCGACCGGCGGUUGGACCCAGGAGCGCCUUUUCAGCGGAAGCGCCUACGAAGAUCUUGGUAAACCGGCGUAUGACCUCGAUUCAAUCCCUCAGUGGGCGAAGAUGUUGGAAUCCAAAAUAUUUACGUGGGUCAGUAAGGGCUGGCCAUCGGAUGUCGAUUGGCCAUUGGAGGGUCAGGGUACAAUCCCAACCGGUUACGCCGACGUGGAGGAAGCCAAAACACUGUUAGAGGCAAGGAUGCGAUUUUUGGAAGAGCAUUGGAUGGAAUGGUCGGCGACCGAAUCGUGGGUAGAGGAGGCCUUGAGAGUGAGCAACAGGCUCGACAAACGUUGGACCGGGGAGUGGGCGUCGAAUGCAGAAGGGUGGAUUUAA